GGGGAGGCUGUCAGGCCGGCAGCGCGGAAGAGCGGCAUCGUGGUGUGGGCGCUCCUGGCGAGAGAAGCAGUCCGCUCCAUGCGUGCGGGCCGAGCCCGGCCCCUGCGAGCCGCCGACAUGAAGAAAGAUGUGCGGAUCCUGUUAGUUGGAGAACCUAGAGUUGGGAAGACAUCACUGAUAAUGUCUCUGGUCAGUGAAGAAUUUCCAGAAGAGGUUCCUCCCCGAGCAGAAGAAAUCACCAUUCCAGCUGAUGUCACUCCCGAGAGAGUUCCAACACACAUUGUAGAUUACUCAGAAGCAGAACAGAGUGAUGAACAACUUCAUCAAGAAAUAUCACAGGCUAAUGUUAUCUGCAUAGUUUAUGCUGUUAACAACAAGCAUUCUAUUGAUAAGGUAACAAGUCGGUGGAUUCCUCUCAUCAAUGAAAGAACAGACAAAGAUAGCAGGCUACCUUUGAUACUGGUUGGAAACAAAUCUGAUCUGGUGGAAUAUAGUAGUAUGGAGACCAUUCUUCCUAUUAUGAACCAGUACACAGAAAUAGAAACUUGUGUGGAGUGUUCAGCAAAAAACUUGAAGAACAUAUCAGAGCUCUUUUAUUAUGCACAGAAAGCUGUUCUUCAUCCUACAGGGCCCUUAUACUGCCCAGAGGAGAAGGAGAUGAAACCAGCCUGUAUAAAAGCCCUUACGCGUAUAUUUAAAAUAUCGGAUCAAGAUAAUGAUGGGGCUCUCAAUGAUGCUGAGCUCAACUUCUUUCAGAGAAUUUGUUUUAACACUCCAUUAGCGCCUCAAGCUCUGGAAGAUGUCAAGAAUGUAGUCAGAAAGCAUAUAAGUGAUGGUGUGGCUGACAGUGGACUGACACUGAAAGGUUUUCUUUUUUUACACACACUUUUUAUUCAGAGAGGGAGACAUGAAACUACUUGGACUGUGCUUCGACGAUUUGGUUAUGAUGAUGACCUGGAUUUGACACCUGAAUAUUUAUUCCCCAUGCUAAAAAUACCUCCUGAUUGCACUACUGAAUUAAAUCAUCAUGCGUAUUUGUUUCUCCAGAGCACCUUUGACAAGCAUGACUUGGAUAGAGACUGUGCUUUGUCACCUGAUGAGCUUAAAGAUUUAUUUAAAGUUUUCCCUUACAUACCUUGGGGGCCAGAUGUGAAUAACACAGUUUGUACGAAUGAAAGAGGCUGGAUUACCUACCAGGGAUUCCUUUCUCAGUGGACACUCACAACCUUUUUAGAUGUACAGCGGUGCCUAGAGUAUUUGGGCUAUCUAGGCUAUUCAAUAUUGACUGAGCAAGAGUCUCAAGCUUCGGCCAUUACUGUAACAAGAGAUAAAAAGAUAGACCUUCAGAAAAAACAGACUCAAAGAAAUGUAUUCCGAUGUAAUGUAAUUGGGAUGAAAAGCUGUGGUAAAAGUGGAGUUCUUCAGGCUCUUCUUGGAAGAAACUUAAUGAGGCAGAAGAAAAUUCGAGAUGAUCAUAAAUCGUAUUAUGCAAUUAAUACUGUCUAUGUGUAUGGUCAAGAGAAAUACUUGUUGUUGCAUGAUAUCUCAGAAUCGGAAUUUCUGACUGAGGCCGAGAUCGUUUGUGAUGUUGUGUGCCUGGUUUAUGACAUCAGUAAUCCCAAAUCCUUUGAAUACUGUGCCAGGAUUUUUAAGCAGCACUUUAUGGACAGCAGAAUACCCUGCUUAAUUGUAGCUGCAAAGUCAGACCUGCAUGAAGUUAAACAAGAAUAUAGUAUUUCACCUACAGAUUUCUGCAGGAAACACAAAAUGCCUCCACCACAAGCCUUCACUUGCAAUACUGCUGAUGCACCCAGUAAGGAUAUCUUUGUUAAAUUGACAACAAUGGCCAUGUACCCAGAGAAUCAUUACAGAGACAGACUCUCCCGAGACUUGGGCAACACUGAUAGAAUAGAGAAUUUGAGAAAAAUCUGGGUCUUUCUAAAAACUGCUUUCCAUGCCCGGUUACGCUGUAUGUGCACCUGCAACAGGUGUACAUUUUGCAUCUGUCAGAACUUCCUCAACUCAGACUUGCUGCAAUCUGUAAAGAACAAAAUCUUCACUGCAGUUCUUAACAGGCACGUGACACAAGCCGACCUCAAGAGCUCCACGUUUUGGCUUCGAGCAAGUUUUGGUGCUACUGUUUUUGCAGUUUUGGGCUUUGCUAUGUACAAAGCAUUAUUGAAACAGCGAUGAUUAAAAAAAAAAAAAAAAAUUCUGGCCCUACCAAAAAACAAAUACUUUUAUGUACAUUCUGAAUGCUUUGAAUUCUGCUAGAAAUAUUGAGAUAUUUAUACAUGCAGUUACUUUAUUAAUAUUUGUAAUUCAUGCAUAAGAGUAUUUUAAUGAUAGUUGUAACUGCAGUAAUUGGCUAGCAUAUGGAAAGAAAACAGCUUAACAAUCAAAGUGAAAUGGCUAUAUUUUACAGGCCACAAGGGAAUAUUUUGUAAAUAAUGUACAUAUUCAGGCAAGAUAUGGUCUCCCAAAUGGUGUUCUAGAAAUGGAGUUUCUAGACAGUUCUACAUGGUAUUGUUAGUACUCACUUGGCUUACUCCCCUAGGUGUUAAGUCAGCCCAGAGAUUGUAUUUACUCAUGGAUCACGUAUUUAUUUCCCAUUUACUCAAAAUGAUCCUUGUAUAAGAACAUGAGGCACAAUUUGCCAUUUCUCUCCGUUUUUAAAAACAAGCAAGUCAGUGUCAGCUUACCAACACAACUUUCUUUCAGUUCAGGAAAAAAGGCCUUGAAACCAUCAUCAAUCUAGAAAAUUGUGUCUGAGGCUCUCUUCUAAGGAAGGAUAAGCCAAAGGCAAUUUGAAGAGGCAUUAUUUACAUGAUUAUGUUGCUUUGUUUGUUGGUAUGUUGAAUUUUAUAGCCCUUUCAAUCAAAUGGGACAAACAAUUUGUAUAUGUCAAUAUUUUUAGUUUAAAUAAACAGUCACCAUUACUACUGUGGAAUUUCCUCCCAAUGUGUAAAUCACUCACUCUGUAAUGGCUGUGUCUGCUAUAGUAUAUUGCAGUAACUGCAUGUGUCAUGAAGUGUUCUCUAGCUGGUUAGGAUAAACUAGAGUCAGCACUUUUUUUUUUAAAUGAUAAAAUAAAUCUAAUAAAUAUAAACUCUCAUGAUAAACCUAUUUUUUUCAUCCUCAACCUUUUCAAGUAUUUAAAUAAAUAACUGCUGUGUACU